AUGCUUCAAAAAGAAAUCUGCCCCAAGGGCUACUCGCAAGUGCCCCAGGCCACCAACCAAGAAGCUUCUGUCUACAUUCGAAGUAGCACAAAAAGCAAGACUGCCUUUGAUUUUACCUUCGAGGCUGUGCGCCCCAACCUAUUCCGAGCCACAUUCUCCUCCACAGAGCACCCCAUCCCUCCCUAUCCUAGUGUCACCAAGCCCGAGACCAACCUCCAGGGCGUCAAUGUCCUCGCCAAGGAGGGCCCUUCCUCCAAGACAAUCGAUGUCGCCGGUGUCACUGCUUCCGUGAACUGGGAAUACACUCCUGUGGUCAAACUCUCAUGGGCUGGCUCCGAGAAGCCUCUGCACGAGGAUUUGCCGCUGCGGUCUUUUGUCGCAGACGGCGAGGGUGUCGCCAACUACUCUGUGCAUGAUCGUGAAUGCCUCCAUGUCGGACUCGGCGAGAAGGCCGCUCCCAUGGAUUUGACUGGUCGUCAAUUCCAACUUUCGGCGACCGACUCUUUCGGAUAUGAUGUAUACAAUACCGAUCCCCUCUACAAGCACAUCCCGCUCCUGAUUAAGGCUUCUGCUGAGGGAUGUGUGGCUAUAUUCUCCACUACUCAUAGCCGCGGUCUGUGGUCCGUAGGGGCCGAGAUCGAUGGUCUCUGGGGACACUUCAAGGUGUAUCGCCAGGACUAUGGUGGAAUUGAGCAAUACUACAUUGUUGGCAAGACCCUUAAGGACGUGGUUCGCUCAUAUGCUGAGCUGAUGGGCUUCCCAAUCCUGGUGCCCCGCUGGGCUUACGGCUAUAUCUCCGGUGGCUAUAAGUACACCAUGCUAGAUGAGCCGCAAAAGGCCCAUGUGGCCCUUCUGGAGUUUGCGGAGAAGCUCAAGCAACAUGGCAUUCCCUGCUCAGCUCAUCAAAUGAGUUCGGGCUAUUCCAUUGCUGAGACUGAGCCUAAGGUUCGCAAUGUCUUCACAUGGAACCGGGAGCGCUUCCCGGAUCCCCAAGACUGGAUUGUCAAGAUGCACCAGUACGGUAUCCGACUCCUCACAAACAUCAAGCCUUUCCUGUUGGCUUCUCACCCUGACUUCCAGAAGCUUGUUGAUGCUGGUGGCUUCUUCAAGGAUGCCGACAACGCACCUGGUUAUAUGCGUCUGUGGAGUGCUGGAGGUGCUACCGGCGGUGACGGUGCCCACAUUGAUUUCACCUCAGCUGAGGCCUUCAAGUGGUGGUACGAUGGCGUUCAGAGUCUCAAAAAGGUUGGAAUUGAUGGUAUGUGGAACGACAACAACGAAUACACCCUACCAUCCGAUGACUGGACUAUGUCUCUCAAUGAGCCCUUCGUCGCCGACGCCGCAGCAAAGAACGUGAAGAACUCUGUCGGUCUCUGGGGUCGUGCCCUCCACACUGAGCUCAUGGGUAAAUCUUCCCACGAUGCUCUGCGAGACAUGGAACCCAAGCUGCGUCCCUUCGUCCUGACCCGCAGCGCUACCGCUGGAACUCUCCGCUACGCUGCAUCUUCCUGGAGUGGUGAUAAUGUCACCAGUUGGGAGAACAUGAAGGGCGCCAAUGCCCUAUCUCUUAACGCCGGAAUGUCCCUUCUCCAAUGCGAAGGCCACGAUAUCGGUGGAUUUGAAGGCCCCCAGCCUUCCCCCGAGCUCCUCCUCCGCUGGAUCCAGAUCGGCUGCCAUGCUCCCCGCUUCGCAAUCAACUGCUUCAAGACUUCCCCUAAGGACUCUUCAGUCGGCGACGUCAUCGAGCCCUUCAUGUACCCAGAGAUCACGCCCCAGGUCCGUGACACCAUUAAGCGUCGCUACGAAAUGAUGCCCUAUAUCUACUCCCUUGGUCUGGAGAGCCACAAGUUCGCGACACCGCCGCAGCGCUGGACUGGUUGGGGCUACGAGUCCGAUCCGGAGAUAUGGACGAAGGCAAUCAAGGCAGGCGAGGAACAGUUCUGGUUCGGUGAGACCGUGCUCGUUGGCGGAGUCUACAACAUCGGUGUCGACGUCGCGAAGGUCUACCUGCCCCGCAAGUCCGGCGCCUUCGACUAUGGCUACGUCAACAUGAAUUCUCCUUACCAGUACCUCGCCUCUGGACAGUGGGCCGAGAUCUCGUCAGAGUGGCAGAAGAGCAUUGCGCUCAUUGCCCGCGUCGGUGGUGCCAUUCCCGUUGGCAAGAACGUACACACCCGUGUUCCUGGCGAUGAGACUGCUGCAUCGGUCGCCGUCCAGGAUAUUGACGAUUACCGCGGCGUCGAAGUGUUCCCGCCCCAGGGAACCUCUCACGGCACCGUCUUUACUACCACUUGGUAUGAAGAUGAUGGUAUCUCAGUCCAGCCUGGUACUGCUUCGUACACGAUUAGCUACAGCUCCACCGAGGAGAAGGUGCUUGUCAAGUUUGAGCAUGACGAGGCUGCCUUUACUCCUGCUUGGAAGGAUUUGGAUAUUAUUUUGCACAACGGGGAUAAGCGCCAUGUUGUCUCGAGUACUGGUGAUGAGAUCGUGUCUAAGGGUACAGACUCGCGCGGUCGUGCUGUCUAUACCCUUAAGGCUUAG